CGGAGAAAAGCAAAGACUCAGCCAAGAAGAAAGGGAAGGAGGACAAAGACAGGAAGCCAGCCAACAUCAGCGGCCCCUCCGCCCAGGCCCAGCCCACCAAUCAGCCCACAGCAGAGGGCUGUGCUCCCCCUCCUGCUCCAGAGAUAGUGGUGUGUGCCAGCUACAAGCCUGUACACCUGCUAGAGAAGGAGACCUCAGCCCUGGCACAGAUGGCAGACUCCUCGGAGACUCUCCGCCAAUAUGGCCUGCUGCAUCUCUACAGCCACCCGGUGCUGGUGAGCCGGACUCGCUCCUGCCCCCUGGUGGCCCCGCCCAUAUCUCCGCCCGUGCCCCGCUGGAAGCUCAUCCGCCCGCGCAAGGAGAGCCUGGUGACAGACGAGCCCCGGGAGCCCGCCGUGGUGAAACUAGAGCAGCACAUCGAGGUCUGCAGCCCCUUCCUCCACUACAGAGUCCUGCCUGCUGCUCCUGACAAGGAGGCCCAGAAGAGCGCUCAAAGGAGGGGCGUGUGCAGCUCCACCCUGGAGUCCUUUGACGAGAUGGAGGAGAGUGACAGCAGAGCGGGACCCGAAGCUGCUUCAGCGGAGCACAGCUCCAACCCUCUGGACCCCUGCGACACCCCAGAGGUUACUGUGGAGGACAAGAGGAAGGACGACAACACCACCAAUGACCAGGAAGUUGUAGAGGCGGCCCCGGCCCUGGCUCCUGCCCUGGCCUCAGCCCCAGCCUCGGGCCCGGCCUCAGAGAAGCCCAAAGCAGGGGCCAAGGUAGCCAGCCCAGUGCUGCUCCAGUCCCAGGAGGGGCUGCAGUGUGACAGAGCCAUGCUGCAGGAGACCUGGGUGGACCUGAAUGACUUCGCCAAGUGCUUCCAGACUCUCCUCGUGUUCCACAAGACAAACACCUAUCCAAACCACUCCCAGGCGUCACACUUCAAGAGCACCAUCUCGUCCAAGGCGUCGGCCUCGGUGAUCACCAGCACCGCAGCCUCCACCAACUCUACCGGACGCCACCCGGGCCCCUCCUCUGCUGCCCUCGCUCAG